AUGGCAUCUUCGAGUUCAAUCGAAUGGAGGAUUGUGGAAAGAGAGAAAAGAGGAGAAAGAGAUGAGGCUAGAAUAUUCGCAAGGUCCGACAAACCCUUAGGAAGCGGCUCCUUCAAAAGAGUUUACUUGGGGUUCGAUGAGAUUAAAGGCAUUGAAAUUGCUUGGAGUAAGAUACCAUUUACAAGGGAAAUAAAGAAGUCUGAGAGUUGUGCUGAAGCUGAAUUAUCGAUGCCAUUAGAACACGAAAACAUAAUUAAAUGCUACGAUCAUUGGUUAGAUAGACCCAACAAAGUCGUGAACAUGAUUACAGAGUAUUGUCCUUCAGGGGACUUGAGAAACUACAUUUUGAAACAUGAUCUUGUUGCUAAUACCGCGUUGAUCAAGAAUUGGUGUAGACAGAUUAUAAGCGCGUUACAUUAUAUUCAUACUCGUGAUCAGCCUGUUUGUCACCUUGACAUUAACUGUGCUAACAUAUUUGUUAAUGGUAGCACGGGCACGAUUAAACUAGGAGACUUCGGAAUCGCAAAGGAGUACGGUCAGCGAAGGGUUAUAGAAGACAUAGAGAAGUUUGGGGCUACAGUAGCAGAGAUGGCGGAUAGCAGAAGAUUACUACACGGUGAGCUCAGGAUGCGUCAGCUGGUAUUUGGCCGCGGUGAUUCGAUGACUUACAAGUUGGCUGUGCUAGCCGGAGUGGAAAAUAAAGAAAUUGAGCGGUUUAGUACCAAGUGUCUCUCUCCUUCUCCAAGAACCACGGUAUUGGAACUUUUAGAUGACUCAUUUUUUGCAGUCGAUGUUACUGAAACAUCGACUGCUAGUACUAGUAAUGCUGCUGGUAAUCUGAGUUUGACAGAAUCUGUUCGACAUCAAGUGGCUGAACUACUGCAGCCGCCUGCAGAAGUACUGAAGGAAUUUGACAGUGGAGAUAAGAAAUUCAGGUUACAGGGGAUAAUGUCAGAGGAUGUAUCGAUUUCUAUUACUCUGAGGAUUAUUACUGAUGGCAUUGAUAUGGUUACAAUGAUGAAUAUUGAGUUCUUGCUUGGAGUUGAUACAGUUUCUGAUAUCAUGGAGGAUAUUGCAGUAGAAUUUGACUCGUCUGCUGAAGAAAUCGCGGUGGUUACAGAGAAUAUGGAACAACUCAUAACAGAAUUUCUGCAUGAACCUCAUGACAGUAACACAGAGCAGACACAAGACGGAAGAUCUGACUCAUCUGAGGAUAAUAGAAGAAGUAACAACAGGAAAUGGAAGCUACCAAAUUGGUUAUGCUGCAAUAAACCCAGAUCAAUUUGA